AAUGAUAAAGUCUCUGCCAUUUCUUCCUGCAGUCCUCCAAGUACCAAAAAGCUACUAAGCCCGUGUGUGAAGUGGAUGGGCGUGGUACCAGCGCUAGAGCAGCUACCUCUCCAAGUGGCGACCAACGUCCAUAUAGUUCAAUGGGAGGCGAGCCACGGGAGUGACGUGUGAGUGGUUGCGUGCCGACUGCCGAGUGGCUUAUUUACUAGUGGUGGUGCAAGAGUCAGCUGUGCCUGGGGGCGAUAAUUGGAUGCCUUACUUCAAUUUGACUGGACAUUACACAGGUGACAACCAGACAAGAUGAUGAGAUCAGUGUCAGAGAAGCUACGGAAAUGGGAUGCCUACCCCAAGACUCUGGAGGACUUUCAAGUCAAGACUUUCUCAGGAGGAGCAGUGACACUGGUGACGUUAGUGAUCAUGGGAAUGCUUUUUAUGUAUGAGCUACAUGAUUACCUGACCCCCAAACUUGCAGAAGAUCUCUUUGUUGACACUACAAGAGGAAGCAAGCUCAGGAUCAAUCUGGAUGUUGUCUUUCCCAGUAUCCCAUGUAAUAUGCUGAGCUUGGAUGCCAUGGAUCUUAGUGGAGAACAGCAUAUCAACAUUCAUCAUAACAUAUACAAACGCAAGCUUGAUUUAGAGGGAAGACCAAUAGAUGACCCAGAAAGACAGGAACAUAUUGGUCAUGGAACAAAGGAGUCUGAAGGAGCAGGUGGCCAAAGUAACAAGACUGAGCUUUCUGAACCUCCUAAGUGUGGCAGCUGUUAUGGAGCGGCUACGAGAGAGGACCAAUGCUGUAACACUUGUGAGGAGGUGAAGGAUGCGUACCGCACUAAAGGCUGGGCUUUGCAAUCUCUGAAAGAAAUUGAGCAGUGUGUAGAGGGCCAACUGGUAGAAACUACUGAGCUACCCAAGGAAGGCUGCCAAAUCUAUGGGUACCUAGAAGUAAAUAGGGUUGGUGGCAACUUCCAUCUGGCUCCAGGAAAAUCAUUCCAACAUAAUCACCUUCACAUUCAUGACGUCCAGCAGUUCAAGACAGCAGACUUUGACCUUUCCCAUCGAAUUCGUCACCUGAGUUUUGGCGCCAAAAUACCUGGCAAGACAAACCCCAUUGACGGCACAGAGUACAAGACAGAAAAGGGACCAAAGAGCAUCAACUACUAUUUGAAGAUUGUACCUACGACCUAUGAGAGAAUUGAUGGUUCAACUCUUGCCACCAACCAGUUUUCUGUCACACAACAUCAAAAGAAUCUUCAGGGAGGUCUGGAUGGAGGUUUGCCAGGUGUGUUCUUCUCCUACGAACUCUCUCCGAUGAUGGUGAAGUACACUGAGCAGCACAAAUCUCUGGGCCACUUCCUAACAGGCCUUUGUGCCAUUGUUGGAGGUGUGUUCAAUGUGGCAGGAUUCAUCUACAACUUUGUAGGGUUUGCCCACCAAAGACUUCAGCAGAAAAUUGAAAUUGGAAAGACUACUUAGGAUAAGACAUGUUAUGUGAGUUGAUAUGGUUGUAUGUGUGUGAAUGAGAAUUUUAUAACUGUUCUGUUAGUAUACAUGGGCUUCAGACUGAGCAAACUGAUUUUGUAUCAUGACUUAUAGAACCUUGGUUGCUAGACGUCUCUUUUUUAACAAAUCAGUUGCUGAACAAAAUUUUGAGCUCAAAAUGGCAUCAGUAGUUGUGCCAUAAAAUUCAUUUGGCAAACAAUCCACAGGAAAUAGAUCCCCUGCAGCACAUAUCCUCUAUCAAACGUUUUUGUGUGCCUUUUAGUUGGAAUAAACAAAGGAUUGUCAUUGCCAUAGUAACAGCAUCUAACAGACAGCAAGAUGUCAUAUGCUGAUCUUCCUGGAGAUGUUUAUCAUGCACUUCUAGCUGUCGUGGAAUAAGGUGCCUCUGUGCUGUGAUCAGUUGUGAUGAGAAGAAAGUGGCUGAAACAAAGAUCUCGUGGAAUCUUGUUUUUCCUGAGACUUGCCAUACCAACAAAGCAUCUUGGAAAUAAUACUGCUGCUCAACCCCACAUGAAUAAAAACAGAAAAUAAGACAACUUUAUUACAAAAGUUGAACACUAGAAAAUUGAUUUCCAAGAUGCUUUGUUGGUAUGCCAAGUCUUGGGAAUCUCAAGAUUCUGAAAUUUUUUUGGGCCACCAUAUUUGUCAUCACAGCUGAUCACAACAUGAGGCACUUCACCUUUUCCAGGACAGCUAGUGGUGCAUGAUAAAUAUUGUUGAAGAUCAGCGUAUGCCAUCUUGCUGUGAAUUAAUUAAAUGCUAUUAUUAUGACAAUGACAAUCCUAUAUUUAUUCCAGCGGCAAGAUGCGCAAAAGCAUUUGAUGGAAGAUACAUGCUACAGGGUGUGUGCCAAGCCGCUCUCUCAAAUGCAGUCCUGGGGUUUGUGAAUGGCCUUCAGAGAUGGAUUAAGUUAAAAAACAGGUUCCAAGACACACACACACACACACACACACACACACACGAGAGAGUCCCAGGGGGCUAUUAUUCAGUCCAUUUCAACACGGAACAUUUUGCUUCAUACCUUUCAUGUUACUCAGAUUUCUGAACCAUAUUUUACAUUUUUUAAUAAAUGGACAAGCCAUAACAUAUGUGGAACAAAUAAGUUAGUCAGAGUAAGUGUCUCUGGCAAAAAUCUUAUUGCUCUGAUUUGAAAGGUGUUGGACACAGUUCUGUAAGUGUCUUGAGAGAGGAUGCGUCUUCUUUCCAAUCUGUCCCACUGCUGUUAUCACUGUGCUAUUUUGCUUCAGUGCAUCGUGGAAACACUUAAGUAACUGAUCUGAAGAUGGAAUACACUGAAUAUUUGUUACAAUCAAACCUCCAUUAGGACAUUCAUAGAAACAGUCCAACACCUUCAUCUGCUUAGUGUAUGAUAUUGUCAGUCAAAUUAUUAUCAUAAAAUAAUGAUUAUUUCAACACCAUACUUUUGUAACUUUUGGUAGUGUUUAUUCAUUAUAAGAGUAAUCAUACAAUCUUUUUAUUUUUUUUUUAUUUUUCAAGUGUUUUUACUUGCAGAAAGUAAAAAAGAAAAUUUAAGCAGCAUACAUUAUCACAACCUUGA